CGCACCCCCGCCCAGGACGCUGACAAGCUAAUCGUAAGAACGGCUAUUCGCAAAGAAGUCCCGCCGAGUUCAGCACGACUUACUCCCUGAGGCUGCCUUUCUCCUCCAUCCUUCAUUUUAAUUAUUUGUGGUACCACCAACACUUCAUUUAGCUGGCAAGUCAGAACAUGAACAGCUCACAGCAAUGUAACACCCGAAGAUGGCAGGGCUGCAGGAGCUUGGGGACCCUCUGGGGGAGGGUGCUUUGGGGGCUGAGGCCCUGGCUAGUUCCUGCUUGGCUGGCAACCGGCUCAACCUAGAUGUGUACACUGAGGGCUGUCGCCUGUUUCUCAAGCUCUUUGAGACAAGGAGGGAAGAAGUGGAACAGGUGGAGUUCUUGAGGCUGAGCUGCAAUGAGGACCUCAUCACUCCCACGCUGAGGACAGUUCCUGCCCUGAAAGGUUUGAAAUCCCUUGUACUCAAAGGAGGACACACCAGGGAUGAAAUCGGCACAUGCCAGAGAGGGCUGCUGGCAUCUUUGCCACAAGAGCUCGGGGAAUUAAGCUGCCUUGCUCAUCUAGAUCUCAGCUUCAAUAGUUUUGUUGCCUUGCCGCCCUGCAUCACCAAGCUGGCCAACCUCAGGAGUCUCUUGGUGUCCCACAACAGCUUGCUGGAGCUGCCGGAGGACUUUGGCCAGCUCGCCAAGCUGACGUUCUUCUCUGCCAUGAAGAACCAGCUCAGAGGUCUGCCGCAGAGCAUAGGGGAGCUGGCAGCACUGCAGACGCUGGACCUCUCGGAAAAUGCACUGGAAUCACUCCCCGAAGAGAUUGGGAACCUGCGUAGUUGCACAGAGCUGGAUCUCUCAGGAAAUCAGUUAACAGGAAUUCCCAGCUCCCUUGCCAAUUUGCAAUCUCUGCGGCAGAUGCACCUUCACAGCAAUCUUCUGGUGACAGUUCCCGCAUCCCUUGCCCACCUUCCCAACUUGUCUAGGCUUGAUCUACAGAAUAACAGGCUGCGCUCCGUCCCUCCAGAGAUCCAGAGCUUCCCCUUUGUGCAUCUCCGUGGUAAUCCUCUAGGAGAACCGGAGGUGCCUCUGCAGCCAGAUGACUUGAGCUCAGAAUUUUCUUUACGAAGACUGUUUCUUGAAGCUGGUGAGGAUAGCUUUACCGUGACCCCUGAAGGCUGCAGAGUUUCCCUGGCUUGCGGUGUCCAGUUUUGUUUCCCCCGGGGUUCUGCCUCUACUUCUGUAACGAUUCACUUCCAAAAGUGCUCCCCGGACCCUCAGUGGGUGAAGCUGAAGCAUCACGACAUCCUACUAAGUGAAGUUCUGGAAUUGCAGCCUCAUGGGAUCGAUUUCCAAGAGGAAGUGCAGAUCUGGAUACCGUACGCCUCCCCUCAGAGCCUGCAUGACCGUGAGAUCAUAAUUCGAACCUUCAGUGGGCAGAAGUGGAGUGAUUUAGGAACCAGAGUAAAACGCAAAGGAAAGAAGCGUCUGGCCUGCUGCAGCGUCCCCCACUUUUCCUGGUUCGUGGUGGUCUCUCGACUGGUGGAGAAUGAAUGCAGAGUCCCUGAGGACGGGGCUUUCCUUUUCUCAACAGUUGAUCCCAACAUCAAAGUGACCUUUCCUCCUGGCGUGACCAGGGAGACUAGGACAGUGAAGCUUCAGGUGCUACCCGUGUCAGCUGAGGAGCUGCAAGAGAUCACAAAUGAUCCUGAAACAGUUGCCAGCCCCCUCCUCUGCCUUUCCCAGAAUUCCACUGUGGACUUCCUUCAGCCUGUUAAAAUUCAGCUCCCGCUACCUCCAGGAGUCACAGGUCUAACCUUGGAUCGCUCCAGGGUGCAUCUCUUGCAUGGUGACUGGAAUGCUCAGAACUGGGACGACAUCACAGAUCAGGUGGUGUUGGAGUUCACCCAUCUCUAUGCUUUGUUUGAAGUCACACACUUCUCCUGGUACUGGUUAUGGUGCACUACCAAGACAUAUAUUGGUGGUUUGGCUAAGGAGGUCUAUAAAAGGCUGCGCAUGUACCACGUGAACUUCAUAGCUCUGCAGAGGAAGAAAGAUCCUGAACAAGUCUUGCUCCAGUGUGUCCCAAAGCACAAGGUUGAUCCUGUUCUGAAAAAACUCCAUGACAGAUACCGAGGGCCAGAGCCAUCUGACAUGGUGGAGAUGUUCGAAGGGGAGCAGUUCUUUGCAGCCUUUGAACGAGGCAUCAACAUCGAUGCAGACCGUCCAGACUGCAUUGAUGGCAGGAUUUCAUUCAACUUUUUUUCUCACUUGAAAAAUGUGAAGGAAGUCUAUAUCACUUCAGAAGUGGACCGAAAAAGCAAUGCUGUGAAAGGGCAGGUUUCCUUUUACCGAGGAGCUGUUCCAGAGAACAUUCCUGAAGAGGUUACCAAGAGGAGGAAAGGCCCUGAUUCCCAUUGGCUAGCUACCUUGCCAAUCAAGCUACCUAAACUGAAAUCUCAAGGGAGUGAGCAGCCUGCAACGCAAAAUGGCUUCUCUCUUCCCCCUCUGAAUUUGGGGAAUGCUGAAACGGGAUACUUAACACAGUCUAAUCUACUUGGCAUUGCUGGGCGCAUUGGAGCUGACUGGCAAUCCAUUGGCAUGAACUUGGGGUUGUCUUAUCAGGAGAUACAGAGGAUACAAUACAAUAACAGGGAAGACCUCAAUACUCAGAUUCUGAAUAUGCUGUUCUCCUGGGCUCAGCAAAACGAAAAGAACUCUGACUGUAUAGAUAAGUUGAUCAGCGCCAUGAAAGCGAGUGACCGCCAAGACAUAGCAGAUGAGAUCACAGCCAUUAUUGCACUGGGAAGGCAAAAAUACAGGGAGUCCAUCCGGAGGGUGGGCCUGGACCAGGAAAGUAGCACUGAGGACUCAGCAAUUGCCAUGGUGUAGCCACCAGUGGAAGGCCUCCAUCGCCUUACCAUGGCCCGCAACAGGCAGGCUGGGACUGCUCAAUGGACUGACAGUGGAUUAGUGUGUUACCAGCCACCAUUGCAAGAGCUGAGGCCGUUGAUAUCAUGGUUCCUCACCAUUCGUCCUCUGUCCUAAUGCUUGAAUGUUGCCAAGCCUCUGCAUGUUCUUGUUCGGGCAUGCUGGAAUGGGAUUGAUCAGCUCAGCCUGGAACUGAGGCUCUGAGCAUCAAUGAAGUCGAGACAUUCUAAGUCCUAAAUGUUACCAGUUUUGUGACAUGAAUGUGUGAUAUAUUUAUUUCGUUUCUGUCACCCCCCCUUUAGGAAACAUCCAUUAAUGCCGGGAUCUCCAGUGUGGGGCCCACGCACUUCUCUCUUGGUACCCGCCAGGCUCCUCGCCCCUCCUGAAUUUUUAGUUUGUUUUUAAAGAUAUUUUAAAUUAUUUUUUAACUGGGAGUUUGGCAGGCUGCAAAGCAAAGAACUGCCCUCCAGCACUGUCUUUAGUUGGGUUCAAAACAAUGGUUUGAGGUUUUAGAGCUCAGGUCCCACCUCUGCCUUCUAUAUAGGUUCUUGAGGAAGUUACUUUUCUUUAACUCUUACCAGUUUGCCUUCUGAGAAAUGAGUGUUUUGUGAAUAGCCGUGCCCACCACAACUUUUUUUAUGAAUGGGCAAG